AUGACAGAGAAGGAGUUGUGUUUUAGUCGGGAUCUCAGGGAAUUCUUGCGAAUCACCCUUCAGGCUGGUCGUCAUCGAGAGCAAGCGCUGGAUAUUGACCCUUUUGGGAAAGAUCAUAUCUCCGCAUUCCACGAAAAUGUAGCCCAUAAUCCCCAACACUCGUCGUUAAUAAUGCAAGACAGCCCAAGGGUUGAUUAUCAUGUCUGGUGGCUUGGCCAUCGGUAUCCAACCCCUGUGCACCCCUUGCCUCCUGCCCCUGCUCUAGUCGAACUAUUGAGAAGGACAUGUGAUCCUUGUGUACCGAGUGACGGCGAAGCAUCAAGUGUGAUGGCCUCCGCGCUGCUUGAGCUCUCUCUGAUUCGUUUUGAUCCUUGUCUAGCCGGGAAUAACGAUUCAGGGCAGCGUCGAGCAGCCGCGCAAGAACGAGCACAAGCCGACACUGUUGAUGAUGCUGCUACUCAAACUGGUCGUGCUGCUGCGAAUCCCAGAAGCUAUAAAAGCAGCUUCAUCUCCACGACCUCUCCUCCCUUCUACCAGAGGCCUCUUCGUCUCCUCUUUCAUCCCUCUCCUUCGUCUCCUUCCAACAAGUCCAGCAGUCGCACCACCACUCUCCUUCCAAACCACCGCACCACAUCGUUGUCAUCGCUAUUGUCAUCACUGUGGUCUACGAUGCGUACCAAUUUCCUGUCCACGCUAGUCUCGCUAGCAAUCACCUGUGUGGUGUUCUUGCAGCACAACGCCCAUGCCACCCCGGCUGGGUCCACUCCUUGGGAUAACACUCUCGACAAGCGUCUUAGCUAUACCUCCGUCGCUGACUUUGCAACAUUCGAGUACCCCAUUGCUUUGUCUGGUCUGUUGGCCAACAUUGGGCCUUCUGGUAGCAAGUCUCAGGGUGCAAAGUCGGCCAACCCCGAUUAUUUAUACAUGUGGAUCCGAGACAGCUCUCUAGUCGCCAAGUACAUCAUCGAUCGUUAUAUUGCCGGGAGUGACAAUUCUCUCCUUACCACGAUUAACAACUGGGUCGCUAGUAUGGGCCGUGUUCAGCAAGUUUCCAAUCCUUCCGGAACCGUGUCUUCUGGUGGUCUCGGCGAACCCAAAUUCCUUAUCUCCGAAGCUGCUUUCACCGGUGGUUGGGGUCGCCCUCAGCGUGAUGGACCUGCUCUGCGUGCCACUUCGAUGAUCGCUUUCGCCAACCAUCUCAUCUCCCAGUCAAACACGACCUACGUUAGGAACACCCUCUGGCCAUUCAUUCUCCUUGACCUCAACUACGUCUCGAGCAACUGGAACAGCACUGGUUUCGAUCUCUGGGAAGAAGUUAAUGGUGCCUCUUUCUUCACGACUGCCGUACAACACCGUGCUCUCCGUGAGGGAAUUGCUCUCGCUACCACUCUCGGCGACCCAUCCAGCACCGUCUCGACCUGGACCACCCAGGCGAGCAAUAUCUUCUGCUUCCUUCAAAGCUACUGGUCUUCUUCCUCUGGAUUUAUCGUCGCCAACGUCAACCCCGGUAAUGGUGCUAUCCGCAGCGGCAAGGAUUGCAACACUGUCCUCACCUCGAUCCACACUUUCGAUCCUGCUGCUGGCUGUGACUCCAAGACCUUCCAACCUUGCUCUGACAAGUCUCUCGCCAACUUGAAGGUUUAUGUCGAUUCUUUCCGCUCCAUCUACUCCAUCAACAGCGGUAUCGCUAGCAACGCUGGUAUUGCUACUGGUCGUUACCCCGAAGACUCUUACUACGGUGGAAACCCAUGGUACCUCACCACCUUUGCCGUCUCUGAACAACUCUACCGCGCUCUCCAAGUCUGGGAUACUCUCGGCCAAGGCAUCAAUGUGACCUCCAUCUCUCUUCCCUUCUUCCAGCAAUUCGACUCGACCAUCACCACCGGUACCAUUGCUGCUGGCUCCGCCAAGUACACCAGCAUCACAUCCUCCAUCCUCACGUACGCUGACCAAUUCGCUCUCGUCGCUGCCCAAUACACCCCUUCCACUGGUGCCCUCUCUGAGCAGUACAUCAAGUCGUCCGGUGUCCCGACCUCGGCUGCCGAUUUGACUUGGAGCUAUGCUGCCGCUCUCACCAUGUUUGAUGCCCGCGCCCGUACCACUGUCAAGAGCUGGGGUGCUGCCUCUUUGUCUCUUCCCAGCACUUGCAGCACCGGUGGAGGUGGAAGUGGCGCCACAGUCACUUUCAAGGUUACCGCGACCACCGUUUGGGGAGAGAACAUCUACUUGACCGGUAGCAUCGACGCCCUCAAGAACUGGUCUACCAGCAGCCCUCUUGGCCCUCUCGACAACACUGGCACCUACCCCGUCUGGUCCAUCUCUGUGAGCGUGCCCGCCAACACCUCCUUCGAGUACAAGUUCAUCCGCAUCUACAACGGUGCCGUUACCUGGGAGAGCGGAUCCAACCGCUCUGGCACCUCUGGUGCUGCUGGCUCUACCACCACCUUGACCAGCACCUGGAAGUAA